AUGGAAAUUUACGAAUUGGAUUAUGUUAAAGAUGAAGUAAUUCAACAAUUAGAAGCAGUACCAUGUUGGCAUCGUCUUAGAAAAAUCAAUCUCGAAGGAGACUUUCCAGAUGAUAAUGGUAUUGUCGGUGAAAACAUUGCACAUUUACUUCAUAUUGCAAAACGUUCGCCAAAUUUUCAUGAACUUUACAUCAAAUCAGAUCUUGAUUUUGGUCGUGUCCUUUCUUCGAACAUUGAACUCGGCAUUUUACUCUCAUCUCAAAUUGAAAUAUUAUAUUUUAAGACAAAAGAUGCUGACUGUUCACUCAAGGAUCUUGUUCGAAUUGUGGACAAACUUUUCAGUCAUUCUACAUCGACGCCUCAUCUGAAACAAUUAACACUCAACAUUGAUGGGCAUCCAGAUGUAUGGCUUACUACUCGCCAUUUGAUUCGUUGGCUUGAAAAAGUGUUCAAACGUUUUCAAGAGCUCAUUCAUUUCACGUUGUACUGUCAAUAUGAGGAAUUUCUUCAAGAUUCUCCCAUUAGUUUAUCUGAAUUGGCUUCAGAAUCGUCUGUCAUGUCAUCGCUCUCUCGACCAAGAAGAAUUGGUUCAUUAAGUUAUCGAUACAAGCCACAUUCAUUGGACAUUUGGUUGUAA